AUGACUUUGAAGAGGCUGAGGGUCGGUACUUUAGGGUGUGUUUCAAGAAGCUGCCCCUGGAGGGAGGUGGUAGGGAAGUGGUGGGGAGCUGCGCUUACCCCAGCCUGUCCCCCACAGCUCAGCCAGCAGUCACACUGCCCAGACUUCUUUCUCUUCCUCUGCCGCCUGCUCAGCCCACUGCUCAAGGCCUUUGCACAGGCUGCCGCCUUCCUCCACCAGGGCCAGCUGCCCGAUACUGAGUCGGGCUACACAGAGCAGCUGUUCCAGUUCCUCCAGGCCACCGCCCAGGAAGAAGAGAUCUUAGGUGAGUCCCAGCCAGUCAGCCCAGGCUCCUGGAGGCAGGGGUGUUUGCUGGUGGUUGCUGCCCCCUGCCGGACAGUGAACCCAACUCUAGGAAGGCGGCUGCAGAGUUCAGAGGGUCUUCUGUCCAAAUGUGCGGACCGAAAGCUCGCCAUCAGUGCUAUCUGGACCUUCAGAGACCUAGGGGUUCUGCAGCAGAUGCCGAGCCCUGCAGGCCCCAGGCUCCACCUGUCCCCUACUUUUGCCAGCCGGGAGAAUCAGCAAAAACUAGAACAGUUUAUCCGGCAGUUCAUUUGUAGCUAG